CGGAAGUCCAGACAUCCUAUCGCAAGCUGUUUCUAACUUCCGCCACAUCCCGCUGGUGGCCGAUCUGACAUGGGACUCCCAGGUCACGCAACUUCGUAACUUGAUGAAUGUUGGCCAGCGGUCCUGGCUUUCGGGCGCUGCACAACCAGCAUGCGUCUCUUUCAUGCCACAGAUUAAUGUGAUUGUUUUCAUACCAUCUUUUGCGGAACAGCGACAAGGUCAACAUUGUCAUCUCUUCUCUAUACCCAGGAUGCGUCGUCUGGCUGUUUCGGGCUUGUCGCUUACUAGUCUAGUUCGGCAGGAUGUCUGGAGAACGGUCAAGUGAAUCAGUACGACCUCCGAUGCCCACGACUGUGCAAUAUGCCGUCUCGACCAAAACCCAGUAGGAUAGCUAUCUCUGCACGGCCAAACGACCAGGCUUGCUGACACCCGCUCUGUCCCUCGAAAAUCGAGCCGAAGCCUGCUGAAUCGAGCACAUAGCAUGAGUAUCACAUGUUCUACGGGGUUCACGGGUCGUGGAGAAUACCGCGAUCGGCUUCGAGAUAAGAAUACAGUACUCACUUGUCUUACCUCGUGUCGACUUCACUACGCACGAAACAGCCUGGUAUGCAUUCCCAUCAAUUUUCACGCGGCACCGAGCAUGGCAUCAUCGAGACCUCAGUAUGCAUAUGACUACGCAUUUUCCAUUCUCUCAACAGAUCCAAAUAGUACUUUGCACCGAAAGAACCUUCUACUGAUCCAGUUUGCAGAAAAUCGCGCGGGUAUGCCCGCAAUGGGCGUUUUCACGGAGAAACUCCACCAUAUAGCCAAAAAACUCAUAUGCCAAAGUAACCAUGCUGCUGGUACGGUACCAUGACCUACUCAUCUUCAGGCUAUCCACAUAUCCAAAUUUCGAUUGCUCCAGCAUGUGGAAGAUGGAACCAUGGACCAGGGCAACGGCCUUGAUAACCCGAGACACAGAGGCAGUGUUACAAGCCGCACAAUAAUGCACACCGUCAUCAAUGUCGGCAUUUCCUCGGUGCUGCUUUUCGAUGGAGACUGUCCGAAAUUUCACCCUGGCACCAUUGUUUAGAAAACCCAUUGGCAGACACACUGGACACCUUCUAUCAUCGUCUCUUCGAAAUUUUUGUUCUCUGACACAGCUCAUGCCCACCGCUUGUUGCGUCGAAUUUUUCUGACAAGGAUUCUCAGUUUCAAACUAUGUGGAAUUGGUCCACGAUGAUACAACCCCAGCCCUUCAGUGGCAGGAAAAAUUACUGGACUCAACAAGAUAUCUUGUCCGGUUACCUUCUUCGGUAGAUGAUCUUGAUGUAAUGCUAGCAUGGCACUCCACGAUUGCAACGCGGCCGUAAGUCCUUCCGGGUCGAAAAUAAUGAGCCCUGCUUGCCUGGCUUUCACAUGCAUUUCGCUCGAGUGAAUUUUCGUCCGCGUUUUGUUAGAGGAGUCAGUAAUUUGAUCAACCUGAAUCAAAAUAGAUUUAUUUUUCU